CCCCAACAAAAAAAAUGUCUGAAGUAGGCUUGACAAGCACUAAUGUCUCGCUUUUAUACAGCAAGGAGAGAUUAGCAAAGCUUUAUGGUAUCGAUCUUUUCGCUGCUAUAACAUCGUCUGCUAUGGUAGCUCCUUUUAUCGCUAUUGUUGAUAGAUCAAUCAUUGAAAAUUUGAAUGGAAAGAGACCACUUAAAGAAGGAUUGAUUUAUGGAUUGAAGACAUUUGCCUCACAGCCGUUCAAAUUUGCUGCUUCUGCUCAAUUUCGGUUGAUCCUUGGUCUCUAUUUUUCGACUUAUACAACUGCCAAUGUGAUAGAUACCACUUGUGAACAAUAUUCUGUUGAUCCUUCACAAAAGUCUCUUUAUAAAUUUUUAAGUACAUCUACAGUAAAUAUGCUAUUAUGCAUAUACAAGGACAGAGCAUUUGCAAAAAUGUUUGGAAUAUCCAGCAACAAAUCUCUUCCAAAAUUGAGCUACUUUCUGUUUGCGGCCAGAGACGCUUUAACCAUCGCAGCUAGUUUCAAUGCACCAUCUUAUAUCGCCGAUCAAUUACAGCACUACUCAGUUAUCUCUGAUGAAAAGACAGCAAAUGUUACCUCACAACUUGUGUGUCCCUCAGCUGUCCAAUUUAUCAGUACACCUGUUCAUCUUUACGCAUUAGAUAUUUACAAUAGACCUCAAGCGACAUCAAGCAUGAGAGCACAACUGAUAAGGAAAGAGUACUUUAAGAGUGCUUUGGCUAGAGUCGGUAGAAUUGGUCCUGCUUUUGGUAUUGGAGGCGUGGGAAAUUCGUUUGUGAGAAGUUUCCGGAAUGACAUUUAAUCAAUUUACUUGCCUAUUUUAUAAUUAAAACGAUAUCUAAUCUCAGUUUUAUUGUUUUCUAACCAACAGUUUCUUUUUGUGGGGGGUUAAACAUGACGCGUGUGUUAUAUUCUGUGAGAAAGUUGGCCGUUGCUUUUUUUUUUUGGCUUGGUCUAACAUAGAAUUAAAAGAAAAAAAAAGACAUUGUAGUUCAAGCGCCAUUGGAG